CCAACACCUCGUGCCUCCGCAACCCCAAACCCUGCAACAACAAUCCCGCAAAGUUACGCCCCACCGUACUCGACAGAGCUGGAUAUACGCCCUGAUACUGGCACUCUGGCAAAAUCGACGGUAUUGGACAUACGCAUAUAGCCAUAUCGAAUAUGCACGACGAACAUCCCCAUCCCCUCCUCGCCCAAGUCCCCCUAACACUCUCGCCCUUCCUCUCCCUCCCCACAUCCGUCCCCUUGCCAUACUCCUACGUAACCCUACCGUCGACGCUGCCUCCCUCGAUCCUCUCCCAGCAGCAGCAACAACAACAACAACAACAAGACCCGUCCAACGCCUCCGCCUCGAAGCCAGCAUACGUCAUCUCGUCAACAGGCACAUCAGCGCAUCCCGACCAGAUCCUCACGUCGUGUGUCGCGUUGCAAGAGCACCUUGCUAAGCUAGAAGCGGACGCGAGGAGGACGUUGGCGGAGUGGGAGGAGAGGAGGCGGAAGGAAGAUCUCGCGGAGAAGAGGAGGGUUGCGCCUGGGUGGUUGGAUAGUGGUGUGCAUAUAAUCAAGCCGGAGGCACCUGGCGAUGACAACGCGGGUGCUGGAGGGCCGAGGGAAGAGAAAGUGCCGGAGCAGAAUCUCAUGGAUUUAGAUCCGCAGGCAGAGCGCAAGGCACAUCAAGGCGAGGAGCUGGACAGGGUGUUUGGCGGAUUACAUGUUUAGUCAUGACACCUCAACAUCACGUAUACCCAGGAACAAGACUUAGCGACCAGCGGUCUUCAUAAUAGAUUAAUACCAAGUUAUAGAACU